CUAGUUGUGUAGGAAGUAACGACUUCGUCACCGGGGUACGGGCGCCCUUUCAGGCGCCGUGUCUAUGACCCCCGCCCCCCACAUCCCCGAUGGUUUUGGAAAUGGCAGCGGUCGGAGCUGAUGUGGAGACGUGAAUGCAUCACCGGCAGCGCAGUCAGUGGAGCCAGGUUCGUUAACAGGCAUCAGGGAGAAUGGCAGGCCUGUGGAGAUCCUACCAGGCCUUGAUGACCAGGUACCCCUGGAGCGUGCAGAUAGUGACUGCAGGGUCUUUAGUGGGUGUCGGCGACGUCAUAUCUCAGCAGCUGAUUGAGAGACGAGGGUUGGCUCAACACAACGUGCAGCGGACGGCCAAGAUGAUGAGUAUUGGUUUCCUGUUUGUGGGUCCAGUAAUCGGGAGCUGGUACAAAGUUUUGGACAAGCUGGUUGUUGGGGGAACUAAAAGUGCGGCCAUGAAGAAAAUGCUGGUUGACCAGUUGUGUUUCGCGCCGUGCUUCUUGGGAGCCUUCCUCUGUAUCUCCGGUGCAGUGAACGGACUGACGGUGGAGGAAAACGUCACCAAGCUCAAGAGGGACUACACAGAUGCCCUGAUCUCAAAUUACUACCUUUGGCCUCCGGUCCAGAUCGCCAAUUUCUACUUCAUUCCACUACACCACAGGUUGGCUGUCGUCCAGGUCGUGGCUGUCGCCUGGAACUCCUACCUGACCUGGAAGGCCAACAAGAUGUGAAGGAUGAUCACAAGUCUGGCCUGUUUUGUUGCUGCUGCUGAUGAUGAUGAUGAUUUUACAGGCAUUUUGUGUGUGUGUGUGUGUGUGUGUGUGUGUGUCUGGUCGACCUUACCUUCGGCUACUUCAGUCUUCUGAUUUCUCCCACGUGUAAAACUGUGACUGAAUCUCACCGAUGAAGGUCGGGAGAAAGCGCUUGUCUACUCUGAGUGACAAAUUCACACCCGAGAGUCAAACUUGCAUUUGAAAGAAAUUUGAAGAAAUGUCUGUGAAAGUUUGUCAUUUAUGGAAAUUGUAUUUGUCACUGGUACCGCAGUGUAGCCACACACACACACACACACUCAUACAUAAACAACUACUGGUUGAAAGGAAACUUCUAAUCCUUUAAUCUAUUGUUAAUCACUUGAAGUAAUUGUGUUAGAGGAUCACUGGUAACAUGUUAACGGUACCAAUAUUUGUUUAAUGCUGAAGGAAAGUCUCCCCUUAUCCGUCUCUUUUAAUGGUUGACUUUCGGUUUGUCCAGGAACGUCUAAUAACGUAGUGCAAUUUACGUAUUUUGUUUACCCACUUUCUCUGCCUCCAGAAUCAUCUGUGUACUUUUACUUUGGUUACUGUUUUCCUCCAUUUCCCAAAAUGCCUCUCUAGCAUCCCUCAGGAAAGGGCAGGCCACAGUUUUUGGAUUUCUGUUAUGAAUGUACAUAAGGUGACCAGGCAACAACAACAACAACAAUCUUUCCCCGAGUGAUACCAAGUCUCAGGCCGCGUUCCGGUCGUAUCACAUCCUAAUUACGAGUUUCCGACACCUGAGGCAGCGUUCACGCCGGCAUUCGAGCCUCUGUUACCCUCGGGAAACUCAGAUUUUUCUGAACAGCUCGGAUAAAUCGGAUUUGACGCUUAGCAUUACUGAAGUGCCUGAAAAACCCAGGAAGCGUGAACGCCUCGCGUCAGCCAAAGUCCAUCAUUCAGCGUAAUUUCAAAACUGUGUUGGGCAUAGUUUCACAUUUCUAAUCCACAGUGUUUUGACCCUCAUUCGACCGACUCCGUGACCAUUCACCCAACUCGAGUUGCUUUAAUGACUCGAUCGCUUGUUACCAUGGGAAUCGCCUUCAUUGCCGCCGUCCAUCAGGUUGCAAGGCAUUCUGGUCUUUGGAGGCUUCCGCGGGUGAAGUGCUUAGCAUAACCGGACAGUAAAAAGAAAAAAAAAAAUCAUGGCCGUGGACAGAAGCCCCUUGUUCUGUGAUGCAGAAGUGGUGACAGCAAAACCCGAUGUUGAAGGAAAGAGUCCCAACAUUUUUGGAAAUAAUUAAUAUUAGGCUACAGCCAGCAGCAUGGGCUUAGCUUAGCAUCAAGGCUGGAAACAGCUAGCCUGGCUCUGCCCAAAGAAGGCAACAAAAUCUGCCUACGAACACCUUUUUAAAGGUCACUAAUGAACACGCUACAUCUUGUUUCAUAUGUUCAAAAGCUGUAAAGACAAAUAACUGUGGUUUUACAGGGAGUGGUGUGCCAGACCGGCUCUUGAUCAGAAAUGUUUAAAAAAAAUAAAAUGGGAACAUUUCUCUGCCUAGAAAUUGUCUGUAACCCCCGUUAAACCUUACCGGUCUUAUCUAAACUGCUGGCAAGUGAGAAAAUGCAUUUCCCAAAAUGUCGGAACUGCUCCUUCAACGCUCAGGGUUUUUGAAUCAUCGUGUCAAGCUGCACUGUAGCUGCUCCAACCUCACCACCCAACAACAGAACAGGUCCAGGACUCUGUGGUGUCCCUGUUGAAGUGUGGCUGUUCCUUCAUUGUCCGAUGUACGCGUAAGCUUUAUAACCUCAAUGUGCACAUUUUUAAUAAAGACAAUCUCUCGUGUG